GCCCCUUUUAAUAAAUCUACUUAUUAAAGGCAUGAAUUUCUUCUAUCCCAUUCAUACACUUCUCCACAGACAUUUGUGAGAGUUUCUCUCUUUGAUCUCAUGGCCUGUCGUCUCUUAUUGCUUGUUCUGUUUGCUAUCUUUGUUGUCUCAACAUUCCCUCCAGUUUUUUAUGUCCACGGUAUAACAAGCUGCAUUGAAACUGAAAGGAUAGCCCUUCUCAGCAUCAAAGCAGGCAUUAAUCAUAGCAACAACCAAAGCUUGUUCUCUUCUUGGAAUGGCCAAGACUGUUGCAAAUGGCAAGGAGUGACCUGCAACCAUGAAUCCCGGCAUGUCAACAAGCUUGAUCUCCGACAGCACCCUUCUGAUCCCUUUGAUCCCUUUUAUCACUUUUUACAGCCAGCAAGUAAGUUGAGCUCUUCUCUCACUCAGCUUCACCAUUUAAGGCACUUGGAUUUGAGCAUGAACAACUUCAACAGCUCCCCCAUCCCAGACUUCAUUGGUUCUCUUGCCAAUCUUGAGUACCUUAACCUCUAUGAUGCCCAAUUUAGUGGAAUAAUUCCUCAUACCCUUGGAAACCUAUCACGCUUGCGUUACCUUAAUAUUAGCUCGCCUCAUGCGCAUCCUUAUCUGAAAGCAAAUGACCUCCACUGGCUCUCUGGAAUGACAUCUUUGCAUCACCUUGACUUGAGUGGAGUGGACCUUUCUAACGUGCAUGGUUGGCUUCAUGAUAUUAAUAUGCUCCCUUCUCUUCUUGUCUUGAAACUCAAACGUACUAAUCCCCAAGUUGGUGGUAUUCAUGAUAUUGCUUUGCGUCAUCAUCUCAACCUCUCAUCUCUUCGUGUGCUUGAUCUUUAUUGGAAUUACCUGAACAUCACUCUGCCUCAAUGGUUGUUCAAUCUCACUAGUCUUGUUCAUCUUAAUCUUUCUGAAUGUUCUCUGUAUGGCAAGUUACCAGUCACAAUUGGUAACUUGAGUAGCUUGAGAGUCUUGAGCUUGUCUGGUAAUUAUUUUGAUGGAGUGAUGCCAGAGUCCUUGGGAAAUCUUGGGAGCUUGGAGAGACUUGAUUUGUUAGGAAAUGAUUUUAGUGGAAGCAUUCCGGAAUCUCUGAGCAAUCUUACAAAUUUAGCGUACUUUGAUUUGUCUUAUAAUAUGAUUAGUGGAGUGUUGCCCGAAUCCUUUGGAAAUCUCACACUUUUGCAGUACUUCAGUGCGUCUGGAGGUAACAAUCUCAGUGGCAAAUUACCUGAAACUAUAGGGAAUCUUGCUCACUUGAAGUUUCUAGAUUUGUCUGGAAAUGCAAUAAGUGGUAAGUUACCAGAGAGUUUUGGAAAUCUUAGCCAAUUGCAGCACUUGAGCAUGCAGAGCAAUGGCAUCAAUGGAACAUUGCCAAAAGGUAUGGGGAACUUAUGCAAGUUACAGAUUUUAGAUUUUACUAGCAAUUUUAUCAGUGGAGGCAUUGAUGAUCUUGUUGAUAGAUUGUCUAAAUGCAGCGAGAACAAGAAUGGCUCUGAUUCAGGAAGCACGGAUGGUCAAAUCAGACUAAGAUUGGGAAAUAACAGGCUGAAUAACACAGUUCCAGUUAGCACAGGCCAAUUAUUUAAACUGCAGGAAUUGAAUCUCUCUUCAAAUUCAUUGGUUGGUGUCUUAACUGAAUCUCAUUUUGCUAAUCUAGUAAACUUGGCAUAUUUGGACUUGUCCUACAACUCGUUGCAAUUGAAUGUAAGUGAGAAUUGGAAGCCUCCUUUUAGUUGCUAUACUAUCACAAUGUGUUCUUGUAGAGUAGGCCCUGUUUUUCCUGCUUGGAUUAGAACUCAGACAAAUUUGAGCGAACUUUGCUUAUCAAAUACUGGACUUUCAGGCACUAUCCCAGCAUGGUUAUGGGACCUUAAGUUCUGUUAUGCUCUCAAUUUGUCAAAUAACAAUUUGGAGGGGAGGCUACCAACUUCUUUGAAAAAUUACCCUGUCAAUCAAGUUGAUUUGAGUUCAAACAGAUUUGAAGGCCCAUUACCUGAGCUCAGCACUAAUUUGAUUUUUAUCAAUCUCAGCAACAACUCAUUCUCUGGGCCUAUUCCUUCUUACUUCGCAGUUGUUACAUACACUCAAGUUUUUGCUUUAUCUGAUAAUCAUAUCACUGGCAGCAUUCCAUCGUUCUUCUGCAACUUUACUUUCUUAAAAUUGUUUGAUGUAUCUAAUAAUAAUAUGUCUGGUGAACUUCCUGGCUGCUGGAAUUCAGCAUCAGCAUUGGAAGUUAUUAAUUUAUCUACUAACAAUUUCACAGGUAAAAUUCCUGAUGGCCUUGUGUCCCUCACCAAUCUCCGUUCCUUACAUUUGAGAAACAAUAGCUUCUCCGGAGAACUCCCCUUGGCAUUGAGAAAGGCCAGCAAGUUGCUAAUUCUAGACGUUGGUGAAAACAAACUCUCAGGUAGUAUACCAACGUGGAUCGGAGAAAAUCUUUCAUCUUUAAUGGUGCUUCGCUUGAGAUCAAAUUUAUUCAAAGGUAUCAUUCCAGAGCAAUUAUCAAAACUCUCCUCUCUUCAGAUACUGGACCUUGCACACAACAACCUAUCAGGUUGUAUUCCUCAUUCUUUUGGUGAUUUCAAAGCCAUGGUAGUCACAAAUCACAAUGAAUGGUUGCCUUUGCUCUCCAUUUUAACUUUGGGGUUUUAUUCUGAUGGUCUAUGGUCUGCUAAAACAGAUAGCUUUCCAUACUCUGAAGCUCUCUGGAUAAGCGCCAAGGGCCUCCAAAUGGAAUAUUCCAAGCUUCUAUCAUUAGUCACAAGCAUAGACUUAUCAAACAACAAGCUUUCCUGUGAGUUGCCUGAUGAGCUGACCAAACUACAUGGGCUGCAUUUCUUGAAACUUUCUUACAACCUUUUCAAUGGAAGGAUACCAGAAAACAUAGGUGACAUGAAACAACUAGAAUCACUUGAUCUGUCAGAGAACAAAUUAUUUGGUACCAUUCCUUCAAGCAUAUCUACUUUGAACUUCUUGGGCUAUUUGAACAUAUCACACAACAAUUUGUCUGGAAAAAUUCCAUCAGGCACCCAACUUCAGUCUUUUGACCCAUCAGCCUAUAAUUGGAAUCAUGGUCUUUGUGGACCACCUCUUCAGAAUUGUGCUAAUGAGACGAAUCCCCCAGCUGCAAAUGAGGAAGAAGGAAAAGGAGAUUGGACAGAGAUAUUAUGGCUUUACAUAGGUCUUGCAAUGGGAUUCAUUACUGGCUUCUGGAUGAUCAUCGGUACCAUUAUUAUCAAGCAAACCAUAAGAAUUGCUUUAUUCCGAUCCAUUGAUAAAGUAUAUGAUUGGAUAUAUGUGAAGAUGGUUCUGUACUUUCAAAGACUGAAAUCAACUUUCUCAAAGGGAAAUUAAGGUCCAAAGGAACACGUUGGUUGGCCAAACUAGUUAUAUCAAUAAAGCGAUACUAGUGUAUUAUGUUGCUUUUGUUGUGAGUCUUUAGUCAUUUUGUAUUUGAAUGAUAAGCUUGUAAUUGAAGUAUUAUUGAAUAUGAUAUUGCAAGAUCCAGAACAUCAUUAUAUGUUGUCUGAAGAUAUAACAUGUUAUGUUAUUUGAGGAUAUUACUGUUGUUUACUGAUAUUCGAGCAUCAGUUCCUGUGAUUAAUGUUAUAAUGUGAGUAUAAGAGUGUGU